GGUUGUUAAUGGGCAGGUCUCUGUGAAGCAGCAGCCUACCUGUUGGAGCUCAUUGCGGCAGAGUUGCCACCCGGACCCCAUGGUCGUUCGCUGAUCGUGGACCUGCGAGAGCUGAGUGCACCUAACAAGAGAGAAAACAACGGAAACAUGUCUCAAAGACUUUUACUCUGCGCUGUUUUGGCCGUGUGCCACUGGACGCAAACUUGCACUGGAUUUAAUAUAGAUGAACGGUUUCCUGUGAUCAAAGAGGGGAAAACCAGGGGGAGCUUGUUUGGGUUCUCUGUAGCUUUGCAUGAGAAGACGGUGGGCUCCAGACAGUAUCUGCUUCUUAUAGGUGCGCCCAAAGAAAAAGCACAAUCUCUUCCGAAAGUCAAUGAAACAGGCGCCGUCUACUUCUGUCCCAUUACCACCGACACCACUGACUGCUCCAGAAUGGACCUGGUUACCUCGACAACUACCUCUGAGAUAGUGGAGGGCAUGUGGUUGGGUGUGACAGUGUCCAGUCAGAAGGGCCAGCCAGAUGGACGCGUGUUGGCAUGCGGACAUCGAUAUGUGAAGGUUAUGUCAGAGAAUCAGUGGCGGAUGUUAGGAAAAUGUUAUGUAAGGAGUAAUGACCUGACCUUUGACCAAGAGGAUGAGUGGCAGAAAGAAAAUUAUGACGUCUGCAAUCCCAACAACGACCACAACUUGGACGGCAUGUGCAACUUGGGCAUCUCAGGCGGUAUAUCGGAAACUAAUGUCUAUUUAGGCUCUCCAGGCAGCUACAAUUGGCAAGGAGAUGCUCAUGUGAUACGGAUAGAUCCACAAAACCCCUGGAACUAUGCUGACAAAAGCUUUGAAAGUCUAGAGAAAGCAUAUAGUUAUAUAGGUUAUUCAGUUCUCGAAGAAAAGAAGCUGCUGAGCUAUGAUGACUCGACAGUUGUGACAGGGGCUCCCAGAUAUGAGUCUAAGGGUGCUGUGAUUUUUUCAAAUAAAACUCAACCAAAGCUUUUGUUGGAGCAGAUCAUCCUUGGGGAACAAGUGGGUUCCUACUUUGGAAACAGCCUGGCAGUGACAGAUCUGAACAAUGACAGUUGGAACGACCUGAUUGUGGGUGCCCCGUUUUACUUUGACCGUAAGAAUGAAAUGGGGGGAGCAGUGUACAUUUUCAUGAACGAGAAUGGGUUUUUCCAGAAGACUGCCUCAAUGGUUUUGAAGGGCCCAUCUGAUUCUGCCUUCGGCCUUGCACUGGCCGCCAUUGGCGACAUCAACCAAGACGGAUUCCAAGACUUUGCUGUUGGAGCGCCAUUCCACCAGACAGGAAUGGUCUACAUAUGGAUGGGAAGCAAAAAGGGAAUAUCAAAGGAGCCUAGUCAGACCAUUAUGGGUAGGACGUUUGGUGAAAAAUUCCAGACCUUCGGCUACUCCAUCAGCGGAGGGAUGGACGUGGAUGAUAACAGUUACCCUGAUAUCUUAGUUGGCUCUCUGGAUGAUCACAUUGCCCUCCUCAGAGCUCGACCGGUUGUGCACUUAACCCAAGACUUCACUGUCGAGCCUAAGAUUGUGGACGAUAAAAUGUGCUCUGGAGAUAAACCAUGCAUUACAGCUACUCUGUGCGUGUCUUUCACUUUAAGCACCGGAAAUACAAAUUUCAAGAGACCUGUCACGUUGAUGUAUAUGGUAGAGGCCGACAUGGAGAGAAGAGGAAGCUCUCGUGUUCGUUUUCAGAAUGACAUCAACACUUACACUGGCAACCUGACCAUGACAUCUUCCAAAACUGCGUGUGAAACUCUCAAGCUGUUUGUAGUCGAACCUGUGAGGGACAAACUGGAACCAGUGGUCUUUUUCCUCAACUUCUCAUUAUAUGAACCAAUACCUAGAGCCAGACGAGCCCCACAGAACCUGGACUCCUUCCCGAUUUUGAGCCCAGAGCAGAAAUCCAGCCGAAGAACUGAGAUUCACUUUCAAAAGGCGUGUGGCUCAGACAACAAAUGUACCAGUAACCUGCAACUAACAGCAAAGUUUGUUGAAGAAAAUGAAGAAAAGCCUUAUCCCAGUCAGGGCAAAGUUCAAGUGCUCCAGUUCAACAGCUCCAUAAAGAAAAUAGGGCUCGCGGUAAACGUUACCAACUAUCAAUCUGAAGGGAAGCUAGCUGAAGACGCCCACAGAGUCGUGCUCAAUGUCACUAUCCCUGAUGUGCUGAAAUAUGCCAGUGUCAGUUCUUUGAAUAACAAAGUUGAGUGCACUCUUCUUGAUACAGUCAUUUGUGAGGUGGGGAACCCAAUUAGCGAAAACGAAAAGGUGUCCUUCCUGCUCAAGUUUGAAACAUCAGGAAUCACCCUACACACACGAAAGAUUGAGUGUCAGCUGCUGUUGUCAACUCUUAGUGAGCAGAGUGACCUAGCGCCUGUUCCUAUGGCCUUGCUGAUUGAAAACACCAUUAAGCCCGUCUUCAGCUUCUUAUCCAGUGAAAAGUCACAGGUGGAAACAGUAAAGUUUGGUGGGACAGUGAUGGGCGAGUCAGCCAUGGUCAACACAAGUGACGUGGGCAGUCUGGUGGAGUUCACCUUUACUAUGAACACAAUGGGACAAUCGCUGCAAGACAUAGCAACCCUGGCUGUGGAGUUUGAGUGGCCCUAUGAGGUAGCAAACGGCAAGUGGCUGCUGUACCUGACGAAGAUUGUUGUUCAGGGGGAUUCUGAAACGGAGUGUAAACCUCCUGGAAAUGUGGUCAACAUGCUUAACCUAACUUUGUCAGAGAGAAGACCUAAGCGUACUAAGCGACAGAUUAGAGUUGAAGGUGAGAAUGACGUGACCCAUUCAAAUAUUAUUGAGCCACAGGCAGCAGUCACACUGUCUUCUACUCCCAAAAAGAGGUACCUGUUGGAAUGCUCCAAGGGGACAGCAAAGUGUGUGACGUUUACCUGCCCGCUGCUCAAUGUUUCGAAUUCAGCCACGAUUUAUGUCCGAUCCCGGUUGUGGAAUAGUACAAUGUUAGAGGACUAUUCUGAUGCAUUUGUAGUUGAAGUUAAAGGCCAAGCCACACUGAAGCUUAUUAAUAAUCAAUCAAACAUCAAGAUGGAGAGUCAGACGACCUGGUUCACAGUACAAAUAGAACCAGAAGAAAGGGUGGAGACACCCUAUGAGCUUCCCCUGUGGAUCAUCAUCUCUGCAGCUGUAGCAGGAAUUGCCCUGCUAGGAAUCAUCAUUCUUAUACUAUGGAAGUGUGGCUUCUUCCAGAGAGCCAGCAGGAGGGAGAUGUAUGAGGCCAAGGCCCAGAAGGCUGAGAUGAAGAUCCAGCCCUCUGAGACAGAGAGGCUAACUGAGGACUACUGAGGCCCCAUGUCUCCCAACAGCAUACACCAUUGGGGCUUUUGGCUUGGCUUCUUCAAGCGAGCCAUCUACUACAGAAUAAUGCCAAAGCACCAGGGAGUGAGAAUUCGCAGGGCUGAGCGUUAUCAGUUCAAUCUGGGGUUUCAGCCCGAGGAG